GGCAGGGCUGCUGCUUCUGCAGCUGGUGUUGUCGAGCUGUCAAAGAGAAGACAAACUGUCAACCACAUAGUUAUUGUUGGGUUAAUCUUGCCCCAGGUUUUUCAGAGAAGAUGGAGCUGAUAUGGGGUGGGUUGCACACCCCGUGACAUGCAGACUGAAGCAAGAAUCUCGCACCUUGCAUCUCUUCUCCAACAACACAGCCGCCCGCUGCCAUGGCCUCGAGUUAUCCACCCCCCUUUGAAGGCGCAGGUGAAGUGAAGGAGGGCUUUCUUUGCCCACUGUGCCUCAAGGACCUCCAGUCAUUCUACCAACUCCAAGACCACUAUGAAGAGGAGCACUCCGGGGAUGACCGCCAUGUUAGGGGACAGCUCAAGAGUUUGGUUCAGAAGGCAAAGAAAGCCAAAGACAAGCUGCUGAAAAGGGACGGAGAUGACAGACCGGAUACAGGCAGUUAUGAGUCCUUCUACUAUGGUGGAGUGGACCCCUACAUGUGGGAGCCUCAGGAACUGGGAGCAACUAGAAGUCACCUGGACUUCUUUAAAAAACACCGAGCAGCCAGGAUAGAUCACUAUGUCAUUGAGGUCAACAAGCUCAUCAUCAGACUGGAAAAGUUGACAUCGUUUGAUAGGACCAACUCAGAUGCCGCCAAAAUCAGAGCCAUUGAGAAGUCAGUUGUGUCAUGGGUGAAUGACUCGGAUGUCCCGUUCUGUCCCGACUGUGGAAACAAGUUCAACAUCCGGAACAGGCGGCACCACUGUCGUCUCUGUGGGUCCAUCAUGUGUAGGAGGUGCAUGGAAUUUGUCCCCUUACCUUUGGCUCAAAAGCUGAUCAGUGGGACACGAGAGGCCCUGUGCGUACCUGGGAGCCCCGUUCAGUCCCAGUCUUCCGCAGCAGGAGGCGGCGGCGGCGGGAUGGGCUCCAGGAGAGGCAGCAUCAGCAGCCUGAGCAGCGUUACCUCCAUGCUGGAGGAGAGGGACGACGAGAAGAUUCGCUGCUGUCACCACUGCAUGGACACACUGCUGAAGAGGCAGCAGAAGUUGGAAGAGAAGGACCACGUGCCAGAUAUAGUGAAACUUUACGAGAGGCUGAGGAUGUGCAUGGAAAAGGUGGAUGAAAGGGCUCCAGAAUACAUCAGAAUGGCAGAGUCUCUCAAUGCUGGAGAGAUCACUUACAAUCUUGACACUGCUGGUGGACUGAGACUGGAAGUACAGAAAUACUACGAACUAAUCGAUGCCCUGAGUAAAAAGAUUUUAACACUAAACACAAAAGAUGAUCCACCACCGCAUCCAAAGGUCCUCCAGCUGCAGAAGAUGAUCCGCUAUACAGCCACACUGUUCGUCCAGGAGAAGCUGUUGGGUCUCAUGUCUUUACCCACUAAGGAGAAAUAUGAAGAGCUGAAAGAAAAGAGGAGACAGGAACAAGAGAAGAGACUCCAACAGGAGAGACUGGCAACCCAGGAGACCCUGAAGAGGAGGCAAGAGUCUGAGAAAAACCGUCCACCUCCCAGCACCAACGGAGAGCUGCCUCAGGCCCCUAGAGCUCCACGCAUGACCAAAGCUGGUGGUUGGUUGCCCUCCGCAGACUCGGCCAACGCACGCAGCGAGCUGGAGGACCCCCUCCUGCAGCAGAUUGAGAACAUACAGUCAUUCCUUCGACAGGCACGGGAGGCCCAGAGGACAGAUGAGGUAGCCAUGUUGGAGGAGAACUUGCGUCAGCUGCAGGAUGAAUACGACCAGCAGCAGACCAGCCUGGCCAUCACACUCUCCCAGAAGCUGGCUGAGGAGGAGAGCUUGCAGCAGGGUGAGCUCCAUCGUCUGGAAGCCCGGGAGAGGGAGGAGAGGGGGCAUUGGGGCCCUGCUGUGGGGUCCACUCAGCCUCCCAUCACGUGGGAGAGGUCUCUGGACAUCAGUCCGGCAGGGGGCUUCCAAGGAGAGGAAAACACUGAGACAGAGGACCUGACUCCUAAAGCUGAGAGGAGUCCAUCCUCCAUAAGGGCAUUCCCUGCUCUCACAAACCAGGAGGACUCACCUCCCAGGCUAAGGAGCUUAGGGGGGCAUGUAACCCCCCCUGGUGGUGAAGGACAGAACAGCACCUCCCUCAACCCUUUCGAUGAGGAGGACUCUACUCCCGUUGAGGAGGAUCCAUCCAACCCCUUCUUCGAGGACAUCAAGAGGGAACACAAAGAGGUAACCAAUGGGAGAAAAGAAUAUAAUCCAUUCGAUGAAGAGGAAGACGUCGAGGAGGACAAACAGGUGGCUGAGGUCGUACCUGGGAACCCCUUUGAUGAGGAGGACAAUAAUGAUGCAGGCAACCCCUUCCUGGAGGCCUCUGGGAAUUCUCCAGAAGUCUCGACCAACCCUUUUGACGGGGACGAUGACGACGAAGUUUUGCCCGAUGUGGACAUGAUAGAGGAGGAGCUGCUGCUGCAGCAGAUCGACAACAUUAGGGCCUACAUUUUUGACGCCAAGCUCAGUGGCCGUCUCGAUGAGGUGGAGCUCCUGUCAGAGAACCUCAGAGAGCUACAGCACACCCUACAGGAACAGAAGAAAAAGAAGCACUGACACCUUUCUCUCAACUACCACCCCCCCCACCCCCCCCUUACCCUCUACUAAUCAAGUCCUGCAAGGCUAGCUCACUUUACGUGACUUAUGAGCCCACUGAUUUUAGUUUGGGUGAGGUCUGCUGCACCACAACAAGAUUAGGCUAGUCCCACUGUGAAGUACGUACUACAGCUCAGUCGUCUGGAGUUAGUCCCCUAAUUUCCAAACAUGUUUCUAAACCACUUAUCCUGUACAGGGUCACAGACGGCUGGAGCCCAUCGCAGCAUGCACAGUUUUUAAGCACUGCAAGUAAAAAUCCAUUUGCACAGGCAUGUUGCUGAAGAUAUUAAUCCUGUUGUAUCAGUGCAAACAUGAACAAUGGAACACAGGAGAUUUUUUAACAAGACAGUAGGAUGAUUGUUUGAGUUAAGUGUGGCCGUGGGUGAAAGUCAGGAUGUAUGAUUUGGCUCUGGCAGAAGUUAUGAACAAAGUCAAAAUGUAAUUAUGGCUGACGCUGAACAAACGGGAGCCAUUAAGCAGUUGAUGCGUGUCAUAAAUAUAUAAAUAAAUAGUUUCUAGGACUUUUUUUUUGCCAAAUUAAGUUCAAAAUCUCCAUCAACUUAGCACUGCACUCCUAUAAUAUUGUCGGACGCAAAAUGGACAGUUUUUUAAAAGUGGAUCACAAUCAAUGCAGCAGAACCAGAUAUUGCCUUUUUUAUUUCACAAUUCACAUAAUUCCUCUUCCUUGUCGGGCUGCAGAGGUGUAGGCUCACUCCUUUCCAACUCCACACCCCCAGAUUUAAUUGAUUUUCAAACGUGUCCCGGCUGAAGCUGACUGAAGUGACAUCACGUGAGGAAGUUGAUCUGAUUGUUCGCGCUGCUCUCUCUCUCUCUCUCGCCCUGUAAACCGACUUUGGUGUGUAAAAUCAGUGGAGUUCUCCUUUAAUUGCAGCGAUAUUAGAGGCAUAUUGUUGUUGUACCUACAACUUUAGUUUAUUCAUGGUAAUUGAAGUUUGUGAAACAAACCAAACAUUAUUAUUCUCACUGGGCCGUGAUCCACGUGACCAUCUAAAUUGAAUUUGAUGAGAAACAAAUAAGCCUUUUAUGACCAUAUUUGGGCAGCCCUAGUGUCUGAAUGAAACUCAUCACUGAAUAGUUUGUUUGAAUUGUUUAUAUAUUAAAAAUUUAAUCACAGGCUUAAAUCACUGAUUGUUGUUGCAGGGCCUGUGACCACUUUGUGUUAUAUAUUUAUAAGGGAAAUUAAGGGCACAUUACAGAAAAUCAAGCCAUUCUUGUUGCUCCUGUUAUGAAACUGUCAGCCAUGCUAACUAUGAUGACAUUAUCACAAAGAAAACAUUUGUCUCCAAUUCUGGCAGUGAGAGUAACUACACAAGCACUGUCAAAGCGCUUAUGGCCCCAUACUCUACCAUACUUCCAGUUGCUGUAGCCUACUACAUCACUACGGUUGCUCCCCUUUCAGCUCCAGCAAACCCGUCAUUGCUGGUUGACGUAAAACAUCGCUUCCAGAGUGCCUGCGCUGGAAUGUCACCACAGACACCAGCUUAAAAAAUUCUGCUUUGAUGAAACACAAAGAUUUACCUGGUGGUGAUAAGCUCAAUCUGCUUUGUGUGAACUUAUCUGGCAAAGGCUGCAAUGUAAUGUCAUGUAAAAGUCCUGCACUCCAGUUUUAACCUUUAAUCAUACUGUUAAUAACCACAUCUACAAUUGAAGUAUUCAUUCUAACAGCUGCUUAUUUCUGUUUCAGUGAAAGUUGCUUUGUCUGUGCAGCUGGAUUUAAAUGAUCAUGGAAACUUGUCCCUGUUAAGUGACAUUUUCUCUGUCUGUAUGCAUAGUUUAGAUGAAAAUUUUACUGAAGCUGAUUCAGUUUGUUAAUCCUUUUUUUGUGCAUCUUAUUCAUGUGAAGUUGGUCUUGGCAUGGUUGCAUUUUAGACCCUCGUUUUUUUUUUUUUUUUUUUUUUAAAUGCAUCUGAAAUGCCACAGUGAGCCAAGCGAACCAAAUAUUUUCCACGUCCUGUGCGGCCCUGCAAGGUUGUGAUCUUAUCGUUUACAGGGGCACUACUGAUCCAACUGAGCAUUCAGGUUGCAUGAUUCAUGUGUCUGUGUUUCUUUGUUUGAGGCUGGUCUUUCUACCGAGCGAGUGGCCAGGCUUGUCUUCCUGCUUUCAUGUUUUAAACAUGUGGACAUAUUACAAAGUCUCAAGACAUUGUGACAAGAUCUGUGAUGUGAAGCAUGAUAUCUGUUUAAUGGUUCAUCCAUCCAGCUCUCGCCAUGAACAUUCUACCACUACGCCACUAUUUGCCAAGGCCACACCGUAGACAGCUAAAGUCAACAACUAAGACACCAGAAUUCACUAAAAUCCCAGUGUGUACAGAAGUAAAUCCAUAUUUGUAAAGAACAACUAAAUUCUUAGGUCAAAGUAACAUUUUAGACACAAGGUUUUUUGUCAGAUAAAUUAACACUACAUGAAUGCCAGCAAGUAUUAUCGCUCACAGUGCUGCUAAGUGCUUACAUUGAUUUGUCAUAGUGCUCUUCUGUCAGUCAGGGUGUCCAUGUCCGUCUUCAUAGACAUAAACAGUGUUUCUGCAAUCCGCUGAUCUCACACACACCUGUGACGUCCACAGAUUUUAAGCAAGAUAUGUGAUACUGUAACCGUUUGUGUGACAGUGUGAAUAACUUUAGGAGCUUCUUUAAUGUGUUAGCAGUUGAUUUUAGCAACACCUCUGCAUUUAAAAUAGUAACUGCGAAAUGUAAACAUUUUGGAAGCACAGACAUCAGUUUAUUAACUUUACAAAAUUCCAUCUCAGCACCAAUAAAAAAAUGUUGUCUCUAUAAAAUGUUUGCAUUUCUCAUUCCUGUCAUAAAUA